AUGGCUUGCGUCUCGAACUCAGUCUUUUAUGCGCAGAGGAAAACAAGCCCUCAGAGCCUAUUUGGUUGGAACAUAGGCAAGAGAAAUACUAAUGAUAGGCCACAACCUAAGUAUCAUGAUCUUGAUCUUCCCUUCUCGACAUCUCUCGUUGCCAAAACAUUCUUAAGUGGUAGGGAGCUCAAGUGCUGCUACAAAGCCACCAUUGAUGGAUUUAGUGCAACAAAUUUCCAUGAUUGCUCUGACUUCAAGGGACCGUGUGUGAUCAUAGGUUAUACAAACAAGUCCUUCAAGUUUGGUGCAUUUAACCCUGAAGGCUAUAGAAGUACAGAUGAUUACUAUGACACAUUUGAUGCCUUUCUCUUCUAUUGGAUAGACCAUAAGAAAAUUGACCCCAUCCUCUUACCCAAAGUUGGUGGCAGCGGUGCAGCCCUUUUCGAUUAUGCCCGAGGUGGGCCUCAGUUUGGGGCUGAUGGGUUGCUUAUUGGGCCUCCAUUAGCACCUGUCAUGGGCGGGUUUGCAGGCCCUGAUACGAAUUCGGGCAUUGGUGACUUGAGGCAAGCCAAGUCUAGACUGGGAUUGUCAUAUGCUAAAAGAGAGGAUGGCAAGGGGUCUAUAUUUGGUGAUGAUUCCAGGGCUACUCUCGAAGAAGUCCAAGUUUUUUGCAGUCCUCAAAUUGCAAGUCUAUACUAA